UUGUGAAGACUGGUAGCUGAAGCAGCGGUAUGUCUAAUAUGUAGCGCUGUUUUUAUGAGAUAACGACCACGAUCGGAUACAUAGAUGACAUCGAGAUCAUUAAAGCGCAAACAAAGACGCGUAUCAGUGAAAAUGAAGUGAAAAAGUUGCUAAUAAUCGCGACUUUAUAGCUUGUCCGUUAGCACUCGUCUAGCUAAAGCGAAGCGCGCUGCGUUGUUGUCAUUUACUUCUACAGCUUCGGAGCUGAAUCAAGAUGAGCUCGUCGCGGGAGAUAAAACAGCUGCAGAAAGCAAAGAGCAAAGCCCAGAACAGCAGCAACUUAAAAGAGGAGGCUAACAUCUGUAACCAGCUAGGAGAGCUGCUGUCCAGAAAUGGUGAUUAUGAGGCUGCCAUUAGGGAGCACCAGCAGGAGCUGGCCCUCUCUGAGGUGCUGAAUGACGUGAUUGGCCGAGCCGUGGCCAAUCGUAAGAUAGGAGAGUGUUAUGCAGAGAUGGGAAACAUUGAGGCUGCUUUGAAACACCAGCGGUGUCACCUGGACUUGGCUCGCUCUGUUAGAGAUCACGCAGAGGAACAAAGGGCGCUGGCUACUAUUGGUCGAACCUACCUCUUCCGUUAUGAAUCAGACCAGUCGAGGACCAGUUUAGAGCAUGCUGAGGAUGCCUUCAGGAAGAGCUUGGCCAUUGUGGAUGAUCGUCUAGAAGGGACAGUGCCAGGGCGUGAGAUUAGUGAGAUGAAGGCUCGUCUGUUCCUCAAUCUCGGUCUGGUCUGUGAUCAUCUCGGGGAGCCCAAACGCUGCAGCGAGUUUAUCAGACGAAGCGUCUUCAUUGCUGAGAGGAGCCAGCUGCUGGAGGAUCUGUACCGUGCAAACUUCAACCUGGGCAACAUCUCCUUUCGUAAUGGUCAACACUCCAACGCUGUGCGCUGCCUAGAGCAAGCCAAAGAGUGUGCCAGAAAGAUUAAAGACAAGUUCAGUGAGAGUGAGUGCUUUCACUGCAUCGGCAAGGUGCAGCUGUCUCUCGGUGAUUUUGUAGCAGCUAGACGAUCUCUGAAGAAGGCUCUCUUGCUGGGUUCCCAGCAGCCCCUGGACAGGCAGGCAGUGAAGAAAGCUUUCAAAUACGCUGACCAAGGCUGUAAAUUAGAGGAAGAGCUUGGGGACGAUCAGGGUAAAAGACUGGGCUCUCAUCAGGCUGUGGAGCUGGCAGAGCAGCUGGGGGACCUCUACUGUAAAGUUGGCUGCUACAGCAAAGCUCUGGAUGCCUAUCAAGCUCAGCUUAAGGGCGCUGAGACACUGGGAAAGGCCACCCGGGAGCUUGCUGUAAUCCACGUGUCCCUGGCUGCAACGUACGCAGACCUGAGGCAGCACAGCAAGGCGGUGGAACACUACAGACAGGAGCUGGCUCUGAGACAGGGCAGCUCCUCUGAGGAAUGUAGCACUUGGCUGAACAUCGCAGCGGCUCAGGAGGAGAGCGGCGUUUCCUUCCAGGAUAUAGACAGCAGCUACAGCACGGCUUUACGUUGCGCUGAGAAGUCCCGGCAGGCCAGACUGAAGAAACGUGUGCUGAGGCUGUGGCUGGCAUCCCAGAGACGGAGAGGCUCAUUAGACGCUGACGACACCGAGGCGAGGCUGCACGAGCUGUGUGCCGCAGAGGGCUGGUGUCCAGACGGGAGUGAUGGUGAGGAGGAUGAAGAGGAGGAGAUGGACAACAGCGAACCUCUGGAUGACAGCGACGUCGUCCUCUCAGAUUCAGAUGAUGAUUUGGAGGGGUAUGACAAGAUGGUGUCAGGAAGGAGGAAGGCUGGAAGGUGGAACAAGAGGAACGAGAAGGGUGAGACGUCUCUGCACAGAGCAUGUAUAGAUGGAAACCUGAAGCAGGUCCAGUACCUGGUAGAACAGGGUCACCCAGUGAACCCCAGAGACUACUGUGGAUGGACUCCCCUGCAUGAGGCCUGCAACCACGGUCACUAUGACAUUGUAGCCUUGCUGCUGGAGCGCGGCGCUAACAUCAAUGAUCCUGGUGGUCCCUUGUGUGAAGGAGUGACUCCUCUUCAUGAUGCCCUUGCUUGUGGCAAUUUAAAAGUUGCGAGGCUCUUGGUGGAACGAGGGGCUUCUGUCACCCUACGCAACUCCAAGGGUGAGGCGGCCAUAGACACCCUGCGUCAUUGGCAGAGGACGUACAGCAGAGAGCUGGACCAGGAGACCAAACAGGAGUGUAUAGCUACAGAGAGACUGCUGAGGAAAGCACUGGCAGGGGGAGUUCCCGCUGCUCCGGCCCCAGCCAAGCCUUUUGAUGCCCUGCAGGACAGCCAGCUGUUUGAUGCCGAGAACUCGGAGCCGCUGUCGUCCUCUGGAGGGGGCUGCUCCACCAGCCAAGAGUGGCCUCGCAGCAGCAGCAGCUGCAGCAGGAACUCUGAGGUGAAGGCGGCACCUGCCAGCCCCAAACGGUGGCAGAGCAACGGUUCAACACAGCGGCACAGAGCCAGAGGAACAGAGGCUGCUGUUCUGUAUGGGAAUAACAGCAGCAGCUCAGACGACAGUGACUCCGACUGCCCCAUCAGCCCCCUCCGUCCCGUCCGCCCCAGACACAGUUUCCCAGCAGCCCCGAGUCAAAAGGAAGUACCGGCAAACAAAGAAACCAGCUCGAUCCCCACCUCGGGUCGAGAAGGCGUCAGAGAGGCCCCCGCGCCGUCUGUCUUCGCACGACAGGAGUACCACAGCGCCAUCCGAGGAUUGGGCAGCGCCAAAACUCUUCUGCAGGGUCUUUCACAGCCCCAGUUCUCCAGCACACCAGCUGUAUCGUCAUCCAGCAACAGAUCAGCCCUGGUUCCCGAGGAGGAGUAUCUAGCCGAUGACUGGCUGGAGGAUGAUUUGGGGGAAAUUCAGCCGAAGAAGAAGAGGAGGCUUCGAGUGGAGCAGAACGGGAUGAACAGGGAGGACGGCGCCGCGUUUUCAGCAGCCAAAAGUCAGAACAGGCACUUAAACUCCAACACAAACUGCAGAGGUUCUGCAGUUCCCUCAUCCUCCAGCAGGAGUCUCUCUCUGAAAAAGAAUGGCUCUCUGAAGCCUCACCAGGUCAAAAUGACUCAGAUGCCCGGCAUGGUGAGGCUGGGCAGACGAGAGGUCAACAGGUCUCACAGCCCCACGAUUACGGAUGAUGACGACAUUAGACCCGAAACCCCUCCACCACCUCCUCCACAAAUACACAUGCAGCCUCCAACUCAAACAUUGGCUGCUCCGAUGCCUCCACCAAUCAGAAUGAGGGUCAGAGUCCAGGACGAUGUUUUCCUCAUCCCAGUCCCACAAAGUGAGGCAGACUCCUGCACUGUGUCGUGGCUGUGUGAGCAGGCGGCUCAGCGUUACUACCAGAAAUGUGGCCUCCUGCCUCGUCUCUCGCUGCAGAAAGAAGGUGCUCUUCUCUCCCCGCAGGACCUGCUGCUGGCCGUCCUGCACACCAAUGAAGAGGUUUUGGCUGAAGUGUGCUCCUGGAACCUCCCUCCGCUGCCUGAGCGUUACAAAAAGGCCUGUCAAAGCCUGGCAGUGGAAGAGAACAAGCGCGUCACCCGGCUGUGUGAGGUGCAGGACGGGAGCUCCUCUGUGUCGGUCUGUGGCCUCAGUUUGGCCCCCUCUUCCCUCAACCCGCUGCUUCGCGCCCUAAAACUUCAGACCAGCCUCACCGAGCUGAGGAUUUCCGGCAACCGUCUCCGCGACGACCUUCUCCCCGAGCUGGUCGCCACGGCUGUCACCAUGCCUCGGCUUCGGCUGCUGGACAUUUCUGCCAAUCACAUUACAGGGGAGGGGCUGGAGAAGGCAGUAAAUGCUUUAACGGGACAGAGCCAUCCUGCGUUUCCGUGCCUGGAGGAGCUCGACCUCAGUAUGAAUCCUCUGGGUGACGGUGUGUCAGAGUCCCUGUCCUGUCUGCUGUCCUGCUGCCCUCUGUUAGCCAAGCUGUCUCUGCAGGCCUGUGGCUUCACUGCUCGUUUCCUCCAGCAGCAUCGACUGCUGCUGGCCGGCGCUCUGACAGGAACUGGCCACCUGAAAUCAGUGUGUCUAUCCCACAAUGCACUGGGCUCCACUGGCUUUGAGCUGGUGUUGAAGACUCUGCCUCUCCACUGCCUCACACACCUGGACCUGUCUGCCAUCCGCAGGGGUCCUGCUGAUUUCCCGGCACUUGAACACCUCACCAAAGUCCUGUCACAGGAUGAGUGCUCUCUGACCCACCUGAGUCUGGCAGCAAACGGGUUGACGGACAGCAGUGUAGCCACCUUGGCCAGGUGCCUGCCUUCAUGCCAGUCUUUGGUGAGUUUAAACUUGUCAGGAAACCCAUCUGUGACCUCAGCAGGACUUCACAGCAUCCUGAACUCUCUCAGAGAGACUUCUCGACCUUUGACCCUUCUAAACCUUCAAGGUUGUCAGGUGUCGGGCCCCUGGGACAGUGCAGGUCUGGAUGGUUUGCCAGAGCUGGUCAAGGAUCUCCGUCUUUGCUCUCAGGGACUCAACAAGCUGGAUAGGCAGGCUUUAAAGCAGAGCUGGGACAACUGUCAGUCACACGGACACUUCAUUGACCGAAACGCCAAGUGCCUGCUCUCUGCCGCAGCCUCCUCAUGAAGAGGGAAAAUAAAAUCUGCUUCAUCUUCAUCUGAAAUCAGUAGCUUACUUGUGUUUUAUUAAGUCAUAAACACACAGCACAAAGGGUGGUUUUCCUUUUUUUUUUUUUUUAAGGUUUUGUUCAGUUAGCAGUGACAGCUUGAGGCUGCACUCUUAAAUCUUCAAAAGGACUACGCUGAAAAAAUAACUAGUGACACUGUAAAAAGCUCAUGUUUCAUGUAAUUUGUGCACCUUAUUUAUGUGUACCUAUGAAACUUGUAUGUGUAUAAAAACCAUUUGGUAGCAGUGGUAAUGCUCCUUUGUCCUCAACCCACUGAAUCAUUGUCUGAUUUGAUUAAAAAAAUAUAUUAAAGUAACUCAUGAUGCU